AUGGGCAGCAGAGAUAGGCCAAAAUCGCGCGACCGCGACUCGUCUGACCGACAUGGGCACCGCACACGAUCCAUCUCUCCUCGUAGGGAACAUGGCCGUGGAGACAAGCGUAGAAGUGGUAGCAGAGAGGAUGAAAAGAGUCACAGGAGAGACAGUCACAGUCGUCGGGACUCGGAUCGAAGGUCGAGCAGGAGGGAGAGACGGAGAGAAGCGACCUCAUCUUCUGAGGAAGAGACACUAGAUUUGAAGGAGAUGGGAGUGGCAGAGAUAUCAGAGAGCGAUGACUACUUGAGAUACCCGGAAUUCAAACGCUGGCUGAGAGACGACAGAGGAAAGUAUCUUGACGAGCUGCCUACUGAGUCUGGACAAAAGUACUUUCGGCGAUUUGUAAGACGAUGGAAUGACGGUGCUCUCGACAAACGAUACUACAAGACCUCCUCUUCGAGAUAUAGGACGGAUGGUUUUGGCGACCAUAGCAGUGUCCACUCUCGCGAGGGCACCGAGGGCACUGCUUUCCCAUCAGUACGCCCUGAUCACCGGGUGACCAGCGGGAGACCAGAAAGGCGAGAUGCUGUUCCCGUCGGCCCCUCCCUUCCUUCCUCGCUGCGCCCGCUGGGCCCCUCUAUACCGUCCGCCGCCGACAGACAAUUCGCCCAGGAAGCAUCUCGAGACGCUCGCACACUGGAGAGAAAAGCCAUGUACAAGGAUCAAGCUCGUCGGGCAGAUGAUGAAGUGCCCAAGAGCGGUGGUCGUGAAGGCAGGAUUGAAGAGAGGAGGGCGGUGAACGCAGAGAACCGGUUGCAUAGGGAGAAGGAUACUACGGCAGGAUUGGAGGUUGAUGACAAGACAUUGAUGGGAGACUCUAAUAGUUUUACCGCUGCGCUGAGGAGAAGGGAUGAAGCAGAAGCGAGGCGACGGGAGAAGAAAGAAUACAGGGAUCAAGAUCAGAGGGCGGCAGUGAGUGAGAGGUUGAGUGAGCGCAAGACGAAGGAGGAUGCCACCAUGGAAAUGUUCAAGCAAAUGGCGAAGCAGAGAUUCGGAUGA